AUGUCUUCCUGGUCCUCGUCGUAUCCUCCUCCUCCACGUCGUUCUCGCUCGCGCUCUCCUCCCAGCCGUGGCUACUCGUCUGGUAGACCACCCUAUUCUGACACUUAUUCAGAGAACUAUAGACCCGACUGGGAUGGCAGGGAUACCUAUGACAGGGACAGAUGGCACGACCGAGAAAGACCAUACGACUAUGGGAGGCGUGGCAGGAGCCGUAGUCCUCCCGUAGACGAGACUGGCAGGAAGCGAAGGAGAUCGAUGUCUCCAUACGACAGGGAGCGGUAUGACCCACGACCUCGAUACAACGACGACUACGAUGGUCACUCUCGCCACGGUUACUCUUCACCUCGAAGACAUCAACCGUAUCCUCCUUCAAGAAGAUCCCCCCCAGACCCACACACCUUCGAUUUCCCGGCAACGCUCAAGCAGUAUGCCGACUGGUUCCGUUACUUCUAUCCAACUCAAGCAAUGGAAGAAGACAACGCAGACAAAGCCGCUGAGCAAGAGGCCGGUGACGGUUCCAAACCCCGUAAUGGCAUCAGAAGUCGGUGGGAAAAAUAUAAGAAAGAGUUUGCCGCAAACCAGCUUCAAACUAUGUUUGAACAUCACAGGAAAUCACCUUGGUUUGCCGAAAAGUAUGAUCCAGCACCAGAAUUCGAGUCGUUGCGCGCACGUGUGAGAAAAGAAGGCUGGAAAGGUCGUUUAAAUAGCUUCCUCGAUGACCUCGAAUCCGGGAAAUUUGACCCAAAUUUGCGUGAACCUGAGGCAGAGCCUUCAUCUCCUGUGAAGGAGAGCGCGAACGGAGAUGCUGCCCCUGCCGAUGAUACCAAAGCUGUCCCAAGUGCGGAUGACGAUAUGCAGUUCAAUGUUGAUGGAGAUGAGGAUGCUGGCGACCAGGAGGCUAACCGCCCAGAUGCCAAUGGGAAAACCUUUUUUGACAACAAGCGUGGUAACAGAGGAGAGGAGGUGUCUGUAGAGGCGGAAGGCAAUCAAGUUAUGAUUAGGACUAUACCGCCAGACAUUGGCCGCGUCAAGUUGGAAGAGGCUUGCUCGAAAGUUCCGGGGUAUGUUUACCUUGCCUUGGGUGAUCCUCUCCAAAAGCGUAAUUAUUAUCGAGCGGGUUGGUUGAGGUUCAGAGAUGAUGCAGAUAUGGCUGCCGUCGUCACCGAGUUGUCUGAGAAGAAAAUCGAAGGCUUUAAGUUGCAUGUAACGCAUAACACUCGGCCAUUUGUAAACAAAGUUCGUUAUACACCCGAAGUGGCCAGUCGGCCAGAACGUUUAGAAAAGGAUUUGGAGAACGCCAAAACUCUUGCGGGUAUACUCGAAGAACAGGCUGCCAAAUUGCGUGCCAUGAACACUUCCGCCCCGCCAGUUUCCGCGAACAAAAAUGGUGACGCUUCGAAGGCAGAAGACCAAGACGCCCCCAUGGCGCCCCCUGUAGAAGAAGAAGAACCGGAACCGGAACCGGAACCAAGGGAGUCAGGGAGUGCGGCGGUCGAAAGAAGGAUAGAAAAGGUCAUGACAGACAUGCGAGAACAGGGCCUUGUUGAUGCCAAUGAUGAAAAGGCCUAUCGCGAGAAAAAGGUUGUAGUUUCCCUGGAUUUAUAUCUUGCAUAUUUGCGAGCUGCCUUCCAUACCUGCUAUUAUUGCGCCGUUGUAACCGAUCAUCUUGAAGAACUUCAACGCAAAUGCUUGAAGCAUGAGCGGAAGCCAUUGUCAAAGGCACUAUUGGAAGAGCUUAAACUUGCAGAAGCUGAGAAAGAGAAGAAGAAUCAAGAACAGGACCAAGACAAAGAGAUGCCUGUUGAUGGUGCUGAAGAUAAAACCAAGGUGAAAGAGAAGGAGAAAGAAAAUGGGAAAGUGAAGCAUGAUUCCAGGGAUUGGAAGCGUAAUGACGAAAGAUGGCUUGAAUGGCUAGACUCAAAAGUCGCUCUUCUCAUCAACCGAGAUGGAGUGGACCCACGUGCUUACGGCGGCAAGAGUUACGAGGAGGAAUUGAGCAAAGCUGUAGAGCCUUUCCUGAAACAGGAAGAUGAGGGUAAAUUCAGGUGUAAAACUUGUCAAAAACUUUUCAAAGCUACUUCCUUCGUUGAGAAGCAUAUUGCAAACAAGCAUCCCGAAUUGGUUAAGUCGUUGGACGAGAUUCCUUAUUUCAAUAACUUUGCUUUGGAUCCUCAUCGCAUUCAACCUUUCGCACACCCUCCUGCUACUGUCGGCAACAGUAGCCAGGCUCCUCCUCCUCAGGCGUAUGGUAUCCAAGGACCAUCGCCUUUCCAUGCCGGAGGCGGUGAUUACGGCCGUGGUAUUCCUUAUUUUGCAGGAAAUAUGACAUUCCCACCUGGUGGUCACCCACCCUACUAUUGGGAUCCUUCCCAUCCGGCCGGUUAUCCUCCUGGAAUGUACCCAGCAAGGCGAGAUGAUACCAAUUCUAACAGGAGAUUAAGUGACCGUAUAAGCGGCUUUGCUCCUGAGAGUGCCAUCAUUCCUGCAGCUGCUGGGUUGCCUCCUAAACCUACGCCUGCUGCGCUAGAUUCAGCACUUGUUAGUGGGAAUCCAGCAAUGAACAGAAGGAACAACAGGAACAAUAGUCUGUCAUCUGGCCCGCCUCCUCCACCUCCCCCUGACGCCAAAGAAGAUCCCCGAGCAGCAGGGGGCAAGAGGGUAAGCUACCAUGAUAUGGAUCUGGUUGCUGAGGGUGACGUUGAGCUGAUGUAUUAA